UGCAUUGCAUGACUUGAGCACUCUUCUUCAGUUCUUCUAACUAUGGCAGCAGAGAGCUCAAACACACCAAAAUCACACAAACAAUCUUCAAAUUCUUCUUCCUUGACUCUGUUUGGAUUUCCAUUGACCGAUCAUGACGAAGUUUCAGACAAAACCGAAGACGACAAUGAAUAUUUUGAGAGAAAUAGAAAGUUUGGGUGUCCCUUCUGCCGCCGAGUAUUCGCCAACUCUCAGGCGUUAGGAGGCCAUCAAAAUGCGCACAAGAGGGAGCGCCAAAGAGCGAGACGCGUCCAUUUCCACGGCAACCAGCCUUACCUAGCUGCCGCUCCCGUUCUCAGCUUCAAUGGCGUGAGAUCAUCUCAUGCUAUAAGGAACAAUACUGCCUCUGCUAAUUUUGUGCCGCAACCAAUUACUUAUCACCCAUCAAGGCCGUUACUUCUUCCAUCGCCGCAGCCCUCUCAGUUUCCGCCACGAAUUAUCGUGGCACAACCAUUGCAUUUUGCUGAAGAAAGCUCCAGUCAAUUACCUGAGGCGGAGAUUGGCAUUGAUCUCCACCUUAAACUUUCACCUUCGGGAUUUUAGCUAAUUAACUGUUUCAUCUCCAAGCAUUAUAUGCAUGCAUGGUUGAAUUUUUAAUAUAUCUUUCCUGCUUCUUUCCAGGUGUGAAUGUUAUUUCUUGAUGCAUUUUCCAGAGUGUACUAAAAAAAAUUGCUCAGU